GUAAGUUGUCUCUUAUUUCCACUUAGAAUGAAAUUCUUGAUAAUUUAUCUGCAUUACCAACUAUUUGUAAAAGUAAAAUCGUUCUGACAGGUGCGUUACAUCGCAGAAUACUUCGUGGUUUCGCCGGUAACUCACAGGAUUCAAGAUGAGUUGUCCAUUCAACGAGGAACAGCUGGGACAGCUAAAGAUGUUCAUAGAAAUUUGCAAAAGCCAGCCUCAGAUCUUGAACCACCCUAAAAUAGCAUUCUUCAAGGAUUACAUUACUUCGCUUGGCGGCACAAUACCCGCGGCGACUUUUGGUGCUAAAACGUUUACAGCGUCUGGAGAUAGUGUUCCUCCAUCAAAUAAUAAUGCUGAAAAGAUACCAUCGUCUGAUGAAGAGUCAGACCCUGAGUCUGAUGUUGAGCUGGAUAUGGAAGGUGUCAUAGAACCAGACGUUCUAGAUGAUUCCCAAGUCAUGGGCGACCAGUCAAAGGAGACCACAGAAGAGGAAAGGGACCAAUCGGACGAGAAGAGGUCCGCAGCCAUGAGGGCAUUCUCGGAGCAGAACUUUGAGGAAGCCAUCAAGUUGUAUACUGAGGCUAUACAGCUGAACCCACAGAGUGCCUUGCUCUUUGCUAAGAGAGGACAGGUGUAUCUAAAGUUGAACAAACCGAACGCGUGUAUCAAAGACUGCACUCAGGCUCUGGAACUUAACUGCGACAGUGCUGCUGCGUACAAAUUCCGCGGGAGAGCGUAUAGGUUGCUGGGCAAGUUCGAGGAGGCAUCUCACGACCUGUGCGAGUCGCUCAAGAUCGACUACGACGACCAGACCAACGAGUGGCUGCAAGAAGUGAAGCCUAACGCGGAGAAACUGCGCCAGCACAAGCUCAUCAUGCAACGCAGGAAGGAAGAGAAGGAGCACCAAGACAAGCUGCGCCGCGCCCGCAAGGCGCAGGAGGCGCGCGCGCGGGCCGCGCAGGCGCAGGCCGACGCCCCGGGCUUCCCCGGCGCGGGCUUCCCCGGCGCGGGCUUCCCCGGAGCGGGCUUCCCCGGCGGCAUGCCCCGCGGCGGCGGCGGCGGCAUGCCGGACAUCGCCAGUCUCAUCAGCGAUCCCGAGAUUAUGGCGCUUAUUCAGGACCCAGACGUAGCCAUGGCCUUCCAAGACGUGUCGUCCAACCCGGCCAACUUCGUGAAAUACCAAAACAACCCCAAGGUGGCCGCCGCCAUUGAGAAGCUGCAGAGCAAGUUCUUCAGCGCUGCUGGCGGUAGAUUUGGUGGCGCAGGCGCGGGCGCGGACGCCCCCGGGUCCGGGCCGAAGCCCGCGACGGACGACGACGUGGGGCUUGACUAG